CCUGUUGGCCGUCCGGUUUUGUUUCAUCUUCCUUUGACUGGAGGAAUAAACUAUUGGCAUUUGUGGACUAGCCUAGUUGCGAGAAAUGAGUUAAGGGCUUUGUCCAAUUUUUCGAAAGCAGCGGCAGACAAUGGAACGACCGCUUCAAAGAUUUUUACAGCGCUUCCCUGAUGCAAGGAACGCGCCCGGCGUUGCAAAGGUGCUGGCGGGCCAGGCGUCCUUGGAUGAGGUUGCCGCCGCGCUCGAGGGCGUGUUGACGCAGCCCAUCUACACGCUAGCCCUGGGCGACGCCCUGCGCGCCACCGGCUCACUGCUGCGCCUGCUCAGCUACCUGGUGGAGCGCCGGCUGUCGGCGGACUUGGCUGCAACACCCAGCGCCGAUGGUGGCGCGAGUGGCGCCUUCGCCGUCAUGCUGGUCACCAUCCUGGAGCUGGCGCCGCAGUGCGGCAGGGUGGUCCAGCGCUUCCUGGAGUCCAGCGCCUGCAUGCCGCCGCACGAGCUGGCGGCAGCCGACGGCGCCGACACCCCCGCCACGGCCGCGGCCGCGGCGGCGCCCCCUGCUGACCUGCUGGCGGCGACGGCGCUGCGGGCGCUGCAGCUGCUGCCGGGUCUGCGCCAGGCGCCCGGCUACUCGGCGGGCUCGUUCAUGCGGCUGCUGCGGCACGGCUGUCCGGACGUGCGCUGGGCGGCGGUGCAGGCGGUGGCGCUGCUGCUGAACAUGAGCGAUGCGAGCCGCUCCACGCUGGCGGACCAGCUGCUGAGUGUGGAGCAGCAGGUGGCGGCGGUGGCGGCCUGGCAGGCCCGCCGCAACGCCGUGGCCCUGGAGCAGGCGGCCAUGUGGCUGGCCGCCCCCGGCAGUAGCAGCAGCAGUAGCAGCAGCAGCCCCAGCAGCGGCAGUAGCAGCAGCGAGGCGGAGGCGGUGACGCGGCAGGAGCAGGUGUGGGCGGGGCUGGGCGCCGCGUCCGCGGCGUCGGACCCGCUGGGGCUGCCGCCGGCGCGCGGCUUCGUGGAGGUGUGCGGCAUCGAGCUGCCAUGCAAGGAUGAGGAAGAGGCGGCGGCCGCCGCCGGCCAAACCGGCGCCGCCGCCGCCCCCAGCACGCCGGGCGGCGACGCCAUGACGUCGUACGCCAGCGGGCACUGCUUCGUGGCUACGCCCACGGUGCGGCGCAAUCUGGAGGCGGCGGCGCUGGUGUUGUGCCAGGGGCUGCCGCUGCUGCUGGAGGGGCCGCCGGGCGCGGGCAAGACGCGGCUGGUGGAGGAGCUGGCGGCGCGCACAGGCAACGGCGGCGGCCUGGUGCGGAUCCACCUGGACGACCAGAUGGACGCCAAGAGCCUGUUGGGCGCGUACGUGUGCACGGCCGUGCCGGGCGAGUUCGCGUGGCAGCCGGGGCCGCUGACGCAGGCGGUGGCGGAGGGGCGGUGGGUGCUGGUGGAGGACAUAAACAUGGCGCCGGGCGACGUGCUGGCGGCGCUGGUGCCGCUGCUGGAGAGCCGCGUGCUGCACGUGAGCAGCCGCGGCAUGGUGGUGCGCGCCGCGCCCGGCUUCCAGAUCAUCGCGACCGUCACCAGCGCGCCGGCGGCGGGCGGUGGCGGCGGCGGGCACGGCGCGUACGGCAUGAGCAACAUGGUCAAGGAGCUUCUGGGCGGCCUGUGGCGCACGGUUCGUGUGGAUGCGCCCUCGGAUGCGGAGCAGAUGGCGCUGCUGGCUGCAGCCUACCCCGCGCUACUGCCGCUGCUGCCCGCGGCUGUAGCCACUCUGUGCCUCAUCCAGGCGGCGGGCGGCCACGACAGCGGCCACCACCGCGAGUCGCUGCCGGAGGCGGCCGCAGAGGCGGCGGCGGCGGCCGGCGGCAGCGCCGCCACCGCGGGCUUCGCCCUUACUGCGUCCGGGCCAAAGCAACAGCAACAUAAAGGGAAGCAGGCGGAGGGGGCGGAGGCGGAGGCGGCUGCGCCGCCGCGGCGGGGCGCGUGGCAUGCGCUGUCGGAGGCGGCGCUGGCGGCUGCAGGCGUGAAGCGCGGCGAGCUGGCGCUGCACCUGGGCCGCCACUUCUCACUGCGGGACGUGUUCAAGUGGUGCGGCCGCAUGGUGCACCUGCACGCCGCGCUGCUGCGGCAGCGCACCUACUCCCAGCUGCUGCGCAGCCAGCGCAAGGCCAGCGAGGCCUCGCUCUCGGCGCUGGCGGCGGGGGCCGAGGCCGCCGCCUCGGUGGCCGCCGCCGCCGCCGCCGCCCCCGAGCUGGGCGGCCUGGACCCGCGGCUGCGGGAGGCGGCGUUCGUGGAGGCGGCGGACUGCUUCGCGGCGCUGGUCGCCAAGCCGGAGGCGCGGCAGCGGCUGCUCAAGGCCCUGAGCGCGCUGUGGUGCGCGCCCGCCGGCUCGGCGGAGCAAUGGGAGCAGCUCGCCAAGCCGCAGCUGGCCGUGGCCGACGCCGCCGGUGCCGCGGGCGCGCUGCACGGCGAGCGCCAGCUCGUCGUCGGCCGCGUUGCGCUGCCCAUCUCCGAGGACGCGGCGGAGGCGGCCGCCGCCGCCGCCGGCGGCAGCGGCACCUUUGCCCGCACCGGCCACGCCAUGCGCGUGAUGGAGCGCAUCGCCGCCGCGCUCAGCUGCAACGAGCCGGUGCUGCUGGUGGGCGAGACCGGCACCGGCAAGACCACCAUGCUGGGCCGCAUGGCGGCGCUGGCGGGCGCCAAGCUGGUCAGCUUCAACCUGAGCCAGCAGACGGACAGCUCCGACCUCUUGGGCGGCUUCAAGCCGGUGGAGCCGCGCGAUGCGCUGGCGCCGCUGCUGCCCACCUUCAUGGGCCUCAUCCGCCGCACCUGGACGCGCGGCAACAAUGAUGAGUACCUGGCUCGUGUGGCCAAGCUGGCCGAGCGGCGCAAGUGGGGCUCGCUGCUGGCGGCCUUCCGGGGUGCGCUGUCCAAACUGCACGACGCCGGCCUCGUCACCGGCACGGGCGCCGGGGCAGGGGCAGGUGCAGCGGACGGGGGAGCGGGCACGGACGCCUCAGCGGCGGACGCGGCGGCGGAGAAAGGGGGCAAGCCCGCGAAGAAGCGGAAGACCGGCGGCGCAGCCGCAGCCGGAGGCGGCGGCGCCGGCGCCGGCGCCGCCGGCGCGGGCAUGAGCGAGGGCCUGCGCCACGAAUGGCGAGUGUUCUCUGGGGACCUGGCGGCGGCGGAGCGCGCGGCGGCGGUGGCGGAGGGCGGCUUCGCCUUCGCGUUUGUGGAGGGCGUGCUGGUGCAGGCGCUGCGCAACGGCUGGUGGCUGCUGCUCGACGAGAUCAACCUGGCGCCGGCCGAGGUGCUGGAGCGGCUGGCGGGGCUGCUGGAGACCGCCGGAGGCGACUCCGGCAGCAGCGCCGGCGGCGCCGCCGCCGGCGGCCGCGGCGGCGGCAGUGUCGUACUGUUGGAGCGUGGCGACACGGUGGCGGUGCCGCGGCACCCAAGCUUCCGGCUGGUGGCUGCGAUGAACCCGGCCACGGAUGCGGGGAAGCACGAGCUGCCGGCGGCGCUGCGCAACCGGUUCACGGAGAUGUGGGUGCCGGAGCCGGCGGCGCGGGAGGACCUGGCGGCGCUGGUGGCGGCGUACCUGGGCGGCGUGGGCGGCCCCGUGCCGCCGGUGGACGCGGCGGUGGACUUUUACCUGGCGGCCAAGGCCGAGGCGGACACGCGGCUGGUGGACGGCGCGGGCCAGAAGCCCGCCUACAACCUCCGCACCCUGGCGCGCGCGCUGGACUACGCCCGCGCCGCCGCGCCCUCCUACGGCCUGCAGCGGGCGCUGUAUGACGGCGCCGCUAUGGCCUUCCUGACGCAGCUGGCCCCCGGGUCGGCGCCGCGCAUGGAGGCGCUCAUCGCCAAACACCUGGUGCCGGGCGUGAAGAACGUCAAGUCGCUGCUGCGGGCGCCUCCGGAGCCGGCCGGCCAGACCCACACUCUGUUUGAGGCGUUCUGGCUGGAGUGUGGGCCGCUGGAGCUGCCGACCGGCGGGCGCGAGGCGGACGGCGGCGGGCGGCGGUUCGUGAUGACGCCGUCGGUGCGCGGCCACCUCACCAACCUGGCGCGGGCGGUGCUCAUCAGGAAGCACCCCAUCCUGCUCCAGGGCCCCACUAGUGCCGGCAAGACCAGCCUGGUGGGCUACCUGGCCGCGCAGACCGGCCACACCUUCCUGCGCAUCAACAACCACGAGCACACAGACCUGCAGGAGUACCUGGGCUCCUACGUGUCGGACGCCGCGGGCCGGCUGGUGUUCCGCGAGGGGCCGCUGGUGCAGGCGGUGCGGCGCGGCUGGUGGGUGGUGCUGGACGAGCUCAACCUGGCGCCCACGGAGGUGCUGGAGGCGCUCAACCGCCUGCUGGACGACAACCGCGAGCUGCUGGUGCCGGAGCUUAACGAGGUGGUCAAGCCGCACCCGCACUUCAUGCUGUUCGCGACGCAGAACCCGCCCGGCGGCGCCUACGCCGGCCGCAAGGUGCUCAGCCGCGCCUUCCGCAGCCGCUUCCUGGAGCUGCACAUCGACGACAUCCCGGACGGAGAGCUGGCGGAGAUCCUGGAGAAGCGCUGCGCCGUGGCGCCCUCCUACGCCGCCAAGCUCGUGGCGGUGCAGCGCGAGCUGCAGCGCCGCCGCAACGCGCACUCGGUGUUCGCGGGCAAGCACGGCUUCAUCACGCCGCGCGACCUGUUCCGCUGGGCGGAGCGCGGCGCCAUUGGGUACGAGGCGUUGGGCGCGGACGGCGCGCUGCUGCUGGGCGAGCGGCUGCGCAACCCGGCGGAGCGGGCCGAGGUGGUGGGCGUGCUGGAGAAGGUCAUGAACGUCAAGGUUGACCUGGAGGCGGUGUACGCGGCGGAGGGCGACGCGCCCGUGCGCGCGCUGCAGGCCGCCCUGGCCGGCGGCGAAGCCGCCGCGCCCGCCGACGGCGCCGACGGCGCCGCCUCCUCCUCCGCGCCGGUGACGGCAGCGGAGGCGGUGGAGGCGCUCCGCGGCGCGCUGCGCGGCGUGGUGUGGACUCGCAGCAUGCGGCGCAUGUACACCCUUGUGGAGCGCUGCCUCAAGCACUCGGAGCCGGUGCUGCUGGUGGGGGAGACCGGCACCGGCAAGACCACUGUGUGUCAGCUGUUGGCGCUUAUGCGCGGCCAGACGCUGCACAUCCUCAACUGCAACCAGCACACCGAGACCUCGGACUUCCUGGGCGGCUUUCGGCCCAGCCGGGGGCGCGAGCGCGCCGCCGGGCGGCUGCGCGCCGCCGCGGCCGCGGUCGCGGUGAGCCCGCUGCUGACCGUGCUGGGCGUGGCGCCGCCGGCGGUGCCGACGGCGGAGGAGCUGACGCCGCAGGCCAUUCCGCCGCUGGCGGCGGCGGUGGCGGAGACGGUGGCGGCGGCCGCGAAGGCGCUGGGCGAGCUGGAUGCCAAGAAGAAGAAGGAGGGCAAGAAGGCGUUGAAGGCCGCGGUGAAGAAGGCGAAGGAGGAGGCGGCGGCGGCGGGCGCGGCGGCGCCGUGCGCUGCUCUCGAUCUGGACGAGCAGGCGGUGGCGCUGGCGGCGGCGGGCGCCGCGGCGGCGGAGGCGGCGACGGAGGCGCGCGCGCCGUUUGUGUGGGUGGACGGGCCGCUGGUGACUGCGAUGCGGCGCGGCGACAUGAUCCUGGUGGAUGAGAUCAACCUGGCGGAGGAUGCGGUGCUGGAGCGACUCAACAGUGUUCUGGAGCCCGGCCGCACGCUGACACUGGCGGAGCGCGGAGGCGAGGGCGCGGAGGUGGUGGUGGCGGCGCCCGGCUUCCGCCUGCUGGCCACCAUGAACCCGGGCGGCGACUUUGGCAAGAAGGAGCUGAGUCCGGCGCUGGCCAACCGCUUCACCACCGUGUGGGUGCCGGCCAUGGAGGACGCAGAGGAGAUGCGGGCCAUCCUGGAGGCGCGGCUGUCGGCCUCGUUCGACCGGGCUGCCAUCGCGGAGCGCCUGCUGCGCUUCUGGCAGGAGUACCAGCGCCUGCAGCCGCCCGGCGGCCGCCAGCCCUUCUCCGUGCGCGACCUGCUGGCCUGGGUGGGCUUUGUCAACGCCACCGCACCGCACCUGGGGGCGCUGCCCGCCUACGCCCACGGCGCGCACCUCACACUACUGGACGGCAUCGGCCUGGGCGUGGGCCUGCCACCCACCGCCGCCGCCGCGCUGCGCGCCGCCCUAGCCGCCUUCCUCGCCUCCCAGCUCCCGACCGAGCUGGCCGCCCACGCACGCCUUGCGGAGGGACACCUGGAGGCCAGCGCCGGCAUGACCGCCGCCGGCCUGCUGCCGGCGGCGCCGCCGGCGGGGCAGUGGGGCAUCGCCCCCUUCUUCGUGCCCACACGCCUGGACCCGAACGACCCGGAGGCGGCGGGGCCGCGGCGCGGCGCGGGCGCGUUCGCGCUGCGCGCACCCACCACGGCUCGCAACGCCUUCCGGCUGCUGCGCGCGAUGCAGCUGCGCAAGGCGGUGUUGCUGGAAGGCAGCCCGGGUGUGGGCAAGACGUCGCUGGUGGCGGCCCUGGCCAAGUCGGUCGGCCAGACGCUGGUCCGCAUCAACCUGAGCGAGCAGACGGACAUGAUGGACCUGCUGGGAGCCGACCUGCCCGCCCCCGGCGGCGCCCCCGGCCAGUUCGCCUGGGUGGACGGGCCGCUGCUGGGCGCGCUGCGGGCCGGGCACUGGGUGCUGCUGGACGAGCUGAACCUGGCGGGGCAGAGCGUGCUGGAGGGGCUCAACGCGCUGCUGGACCACAGGUCCGAAGUGUUCAUCCCCGAGCUGGGCGCCGUGUUCCGCUGCCACCCCGACUUCCGCCUCUUCGCCGCGCAGAACCCCGUGGGCGAGGGCGGCGGCCGCAAGGGCCUGCCGCGCUCCUUCCUCAACCGCUUCACGCGUGUCACGGUGGAGCUGCUGCGCCGCUCCGACCUGCUCUUCAUCGCCGGCACGCUGCACCCGCGCGUGCCGGCGCCGCUGCUCACGCGCAUGGUGGACCUGUUGGAUGCCAUGCAGGCCGCGGCGGCGCCGCAGGCGGGCGGAGGUGGAGGUUCGGGCGUGGAGCCGGCGGCGGGCACGGUGGUGGCGGCGGACACGGCGGGCGAGGGGGAGGAGGAGGGCGGCGCCACGGGCCGGCGGCUGGCGGCGGCGGCGGGCGUGCGCGACUUCGCGCUGGCGGGCGGGCCGUGGGAGUUCAACCUGCGAGACCUGCUGCGCUGGUGCGACCUGGUGGAGGGCGCCGUGCCGCCGCCGCCUGCUACUGCUGCUGCUACUACUGCUGCUGCUGCUACUGCUGCUGCUACUGCUGGCGCUGCUGCGGGCGCUACAGCCAUGGAGACGGAAGGCGCUGAGGAGGCGGAGUCGGCGGUGGCGGCGGCGGAGGCGGCGGCGCUGGACGCGGCGGCGCAGCACUUUGCGCGCAUGCUGUUCGCGCACCGCCUGCGCACCGGCGCCGACCGGGCCAAGCUCGCCAAGCUGUUCGCCGCGGUGUGGAGCGCCGGCGGCGGCGCGAGCCAGGCGCCGGGCGACCGCAAGGCCCUGGCGGCGCACGGCCCCAGCUGCUGGACUGAGGAGCCGCCGGUGCUCCUGUCCCCCACCACCGCGGUGGUCGGCCGCGCCAUCAUCAAGCGCGCGGCGCAGCCGUCGCCCGGCGGCCUCAGCCCCACAGUCGCCUCCGGCGGCGGAGCGCCGCAGCUGCAGCUGCUGCCCUGGUCGCUGCCGCUGCUCGAGAGCCUGGUGCAGGCGCUGGGCCGCGGCUGGAUGGCGCUGCUGGUGGGCGGGCCGGGCAGCGGCAAGACGUCGUUGGCGCGCGGCGCGGCGGCGCUGGCGGGCGUGGGGUUGCUGGAGGUGGCGCUGACGGCGGGCACGGACACGAGCGACCUGCUGGGCAGCUUUGAACAGCUGGAGCCGGAGCGGCGCGUGCAGGAGGCCUCGGACCGAGUGGAGUCGCUGGCGCAGUGCGUGUCGCAGCGCCUGCUGACCGCGGCGCCGCCGCCCGGCGCCAGCCCCUCAGCCGGCUGCGCGCUGACGGCGGCGGCGGCGGACGUGCAGGCCUCCUGGGCCGCACACGCCGCCGCGCUGGCCGCCGCCGCCCGCCAGGCCGACGCCGCCUCCCCCAUCGCCGCCGCCGCCGCACGCGUGGCAGGCCUUGCCAACGUCGCGCGCGCCUGCCGCGCCGCCGUCGCCACGCUCGCCUCCGCCGCUGGCGGCGCCGCCACCACCGCCGACCUCUCCGCCGCCGUCGACGCCGCUGACGCCGAGCUGGGCUCCCUUGCUGCUCUGCUUGCAGACGAGGCCGCCGCCGCCGUGGGCGGCCGCUUCGAGUGGGUGGAUGGCGCGCUCACGCGCGCCAUCGAGCGAGGCGGCUGGGUGCUGCUGGAGGGCUCCAACCUGUGCAACCCCACAGUGCUGGACCGACUCAACCCGCUGCUGGAGCCCGGCGGCUGCCUGUACCUGAACGAGUGCGGCCACGACGCCGACGGCAACCCGCGCCUGAUCCGGCCGCACCCCGACUUCCGGCUGCUGCUGGCGCUGGACCCGCGCCACGGCGAGGUGUCGCGCGCCAUGCGCAACCGCGGCAUUGAGAUCUUCCUGCUGCCGCCGGCGCCGCCGGCUGCGGAGGCGAAGGCGGCGGGGAGGAAGGAGGAGCCGGCGCAGGAGCAGGCGCAGCGGGGUCUGGAGGAGGUGGUGGAUGCGGACGUCGAGGCGGUGGUGCGCAGUGCGGGCGUGGCCUGCAAGCGGCUGCUGCGGGCGCUGGCGCGCGCACACCGCGGCGUGGCGGCGCUGUGCGCUCGCGGGCACAAGCGGUCGCCGGGGCUGCGCGAGGCGGCCACCGCCGCGUCACUGGCGGCGGCGCUGCUGGCGCGCGGCUGGGCGGCGCCGGCGGCGGUACGCACCGGCUGGACGCACGUGUACCUGCGCGGCCAGGGCUACUCCGCCGCCGAGGCGGCGACGGCGCAGGGGCUGCUGGAGCAGCUGCUGGCGGAGGCGUACGGCGGUGCUGGCAGCAGCAGCCAGGGUGUUGGAGGCGGCGGCAGCAAGCCGGCCGCAGCUGCCGGCGACAUGGAUUGGGAGCCGGCCGCAGGCGCUGCGGAUGGAGCGGAUAAGACGGCAGGCGAACGCCUCGCCAUCACUGGCGCUGACGGGACGGAGGCCGCCGAGGCGGGCGUAGUGUUGGCCCUGGGUGAGAGCGACGGCACGCUAAGCGGCGAGCGCGCGGCGGCGGCGCUGGAGGCGCAGGCGCUGGUGCCGGCGGCGCUGGAGUCGAGCAUGCUGGCGGCGCCGGCGGCGUGGCCGGUGGCGGCGACGGUGCAGCGGUUGGCGGGGUCGUCGUCGGCGGCGGGUGCGGAGCGGGACGCGUCCCUGUUGAGCUAUCUGCUGGGCGCGGCGGCGGCGGCGGCGCUGGCGGGCGCCCGCCGCACUGCGGCGCAGGCGGCGGCGCUGCGGCGCUGCCUGCAGGCGGCGCUGCGCUCCGGCGACGGCGCGGUGCGGUCCGCGGCGGCAGCGCUGCUGUGCUACCUGCCGGCAGAGGGCGUGGUGGCGCCGGUGCUUCUCGGCACCGGCGGCGAGGGAGGUGUACAGGAGGUGGAGAUGGUGGAUGCUUCGGUGGCGGGUGGUGGUGGCGAUGAGGAGGGCGCGGCGUCGCCCGUGUCGCCCUCCAGCCUGCACCUGCUGCAGCUCGUGUGGGCGACGGCGCAGUGCCUGGCCUUCCGCGCCUCCCAGCUGGACGCCCAGCUCCGGUCGCUGGCGGCGGCGGCGGCGGAGGCACAGCUGAUGGCGGCGGCCGCAGCGCUGGCGGCGCCUGGCGGCGGCGCCGGAGGCGCUGCAAGCGCGGAGCUUGAUGCCGUGCUGCAGCUGGCGGCGCUGGCGGCGCAGGCGGUUGGCGGGCUGGUGUCGCACCCGGCGGCGGCGGCGGCGGCCCAGGCGGCGGCCGCCGCCGGCACCGGCGCCGGCAUGCCGGCGGAGCUGCAGCAGCUACAGCCGCUGGACGUGCGCUACAGCCACCUGCUACAGCCCUACCUGCCGGGCAUGCCGGCGGCGGACUGGGACGCGGCACGUGCGCGCGGCGCACGGCUGCGGUCGGCGGCGGCGGCGCACGCGGCGGCGCUGCUGCUGCGGCACGUGACGGCUGGCGCGGACGUGGCAGUGGGGCGUGGCGUGGCUUCGCCGCUACAGCAUUCGUACUGGCGCUUCCUCCGGCCCGAGGAGCGGGCCGCCACCGAUGCGGAGCACCCGGCGGUGGACGUGCUGUAUCCGCUCAUGUCGGCGCUGGGAGACCUGGAGCAGCAGCUGCUGGCGGCGCCCGCAGACGCCCUGCCCGAUGCCGAGUGGCUGGGCGGCGCAGGGGACGGCAGUAGCAGUAGCAGCGGCAGCAGCAGUAGCAGAGAUGUGGGGUCGCUGCUGCGGGCUGUGCAGCGGUGGCGCGACGCGCUUUGGCGCUGCAGCCACGGCGUGCUGCACCUUGCCGUGUCCGUCGGCAGUAGCAGCAGUGGCGGCAGCAGCAGUGGCGGCGACGGCGGAAGGGCACUGCUACAGCCGCUGACUGACUUGGACGUGGAGCUGCUGACGUGGACGUGGUCCCGCACCGACAAGGCGCUGGCGGCGCUGCUGGAGCACCCGGCAGUAGCAGCCACCGCCGCGGCAGCCGCAGCCUCAACUGGCAGUAGCACUGGCGCCAACAGCAACGGCGACGCGGUGGGGCGGCUGCAGUACUUGGGUUCGGAAAUGCGCGAGGCGCUGGGCCUGGCGGCGCGGCCGUCCAAGCCGCUGGCGUGGCGGCUGUGCGGCCGGCCCGUGCUGCCAAGCGGCCUGUCGCUGCUGGGCGCCCUGGUGGAGGGCCGGCGGCUGGCGGCGUCGCUGGCGGCCGCGGCCAUGGAUCCAGCGGGCCGGCCCUUGUGCAUGAUCGCGGCUGGGCUGGAUCUGGAUCGCGUAAUCCUGGAGUCGGCGGCGCGGAUCACGGCGGCGGAGGCCGCCGCCGCGGCCGCGGCGGCGGCGGCUGCCGCCGCGCGUGGCGACGACCCGCGGGCCACGUCGGGCGUGGGCAACAUCUCGGCUGCGAGCUACCCAGCGGACGCCUGCAGCAUUGAGGAGCUGGUGGGCGUGGAGGAGGCGCCCGGGCUGCGGCAGGCGGUGGCGGAGGCGGUGGCGCUGGGGCUGUGCGUGGACCCGGGGCUGCGGCGCUCGGUGGGCCGCGGCGUGGCGAUGCUGGGCUCCAUGCCGCUGAUGGAGGUGCUGCGGCCCGGCCAGGGCAGCAGCAGCGGCGGCGGUGGUGCGGAGGGCGGCGGUCUGGCUGCGCAGGGCGCGGCGGUCGUUGAGGCGCUGCGGGCGUCGCUGGCGGCGCGCGUGACGGAGGCGGCGGCGGCGGUGCUGGAAUGCCCCAGCGAGGAUGAGUGGAUGAUGCGGCAGGGCGCGGCGGAGGCGCGUGCGCUGGCGGAGGCGGCCAAGGCCGGCGGCGCCGCCGCCGCCGCCGCGCGCGGCGUGCUGCUGGGCGCGCCGUCGUCGCAGCAGCUGCAGCCGGCGCUGCUACUGCCGGCCAGCUGGAUGACCUCGCCCACCUGUCGGCAGCUGCAGACGGCGCUGCUGGCGCUGCAGGACUGCUGCAGCCUGCGCGGCCAGCUGCCGCUGCUGGCGGCGGCGGCGGAAGCCGCCGUGCGCUGGCCGGCGGCGCUGGCGCCUGGCGGCGCGCCCAUCGGCGCCGCUGCCGCGGCGGAGGCCGCAACCUGGAUGUCGGACGCGGCCCGCGUCGCCGUCGAGGCGGCGGCGGCGGCGUCAAGCCGCAGCGCGGCCGACGCCGCUGCCGGGCAGCAGCUGGUGUGGGUGCUGGAUGAGCUGCGCCACGACCAGCAGCGCCGCCUGCAGCGACAGCAGCAGCAGCAGCUGGCGGCGGCGGCCACCACGACGGCAGACGGCCGCAAGGCUGCAGGCCGCAAGGCCGGCGCCGCUGUCGCCGCUGCUACCGGCGGCGGUGAUUUGGACGUGCACGCGCUGUGCCAGGUGGUGCUGCCGGCGCUGAGCCACGAGAUGUGGCUGACGUGGCACGCCGCCAACUGGCGCAACACCUUCAGCAGCGCCAGCGGCUCCGCUGCCGCCGCCGCCAGCCGGCCCGGCGCCGCGCUGGCGCUGCCCGCCGGCGCGGCGGCGGCGAUGGAUGCGCCGCUGCUGAGCGCCUGCGUGCUGCGCGUGCUGCGCAGCAGCGGCUCGCAGGUGCAGAGCAAGGCCAUGCGCAUCCAGCAGCUGCGCGCUGCUGUGGCCACGCUGCUGACUCAGACGCAGACGCAGCACAGCACGCACGACAUCCGCGCGUUGACGGUUUCCGGCGCCUCGCCGGCGUCAGCGUCGGCGACGCCGAUGGCGCGUGCCGCUCUGCGCCACGAGGCCGAGUGGCGUGGCCUGGCUUGCCUGCUUGCGCAGCUGCUGGCGGCACACACCAGCUCCUUGGCUCGGCCGGACGCACGCGCCGCACUGCAACAGGAAUGCGCGCGGCUACUCGCCGGUGAGGCCGAGGAGCUGGGCUCAGCGGCGGAGGCGUGCGGCCGCCUGGCGGCGGUGCUGCAGCACUCGCAGCACCGGCUACUGGUGGAGCUGCUACAGCCGGUGCUGCUGCCGGCGGCGGCCGCAGUCGUGGAGGGCCUGCUGCUGCUGUCUGCUACAGCCAGCGCUGCUGCGGCGGCGGCGGCUCCUACUGCUACCGCCACCGCCACGGAGGCGCAGCGGGCGCUGCUGGCGGCGGUUCAGGCGCGCGAGGGGCGCGAUGCGGAGGUGGCGCUGCGCGGCCGCGCCUGGGCGCUGCUGGGGCUACUGCGGCUGCAGCUGGUGGCGCCGCCGCCGGGCAUCGACCCGGCCGGCAAGUACGGCCUGAAGCGCCGCCACGUGGAGGGCGUGCUGGUGCAUGAGCUACAGCCGCAGAUCCUAGUGCGGCAGGCCCUGGCGGCGCUGCCCGGCGGCCCCAGCGAGGGCGUGCAGCUGGCGGCGCUGCGAGAGGAGCGCGCCGCCGCGCUGGCGGCGGCCGAGGCGGCGGCGGCGCGCUGCGUGCCGCGGCCUGUGCCCAGCGCCUACCCCUCGCUGCAGCGCGACGCGUUCGACUUCUCCGCAAGCGUGGCGGCGCCGCGGCGCGUGCUGGCGCUGCUGGAGGCGCUCAGUGCCGGCUGCGUGAGCAGCAGCAGCCGCGCCAGCGGCCAGGCGACGGCCGCGGCGCUGCAGGAGGCGCGUGUGUGGAGCGAGAACGCCCGCGCCUGGGCGGAGAGGUACCUGGGGCAGUACGCCUGGUACCCUGACCUGACGCAGCCGGUGGCGCUGGCGGUGCACGAGCUGGUCCGCGGCAUGGAGCUGCUGGCUAGUGUGGCGGCCACGGCGGCCGGCGGCGGUGCCUCGGCAGGUGCUGUGGAGAUCCCGCAGCAGCAGCUGGGCCCCAUCGCUGCGGCCGCCGCCGGUCUGAUGCUGUUCCCCGCCUCCGGCGCCGGCAGCAGUGGCGUGAGCAGCGGCGGCAGUGGCGUCAGUAGCGGCAGCGGUGCGGCGCUGCCGCAACGGCUGCUGGCGGAGCCGCAGGCGCUGCAGCUGCUGCAGGAGGUGGCGCGCGCCGCGGCGCUGGCGCAGGCGUCGGCGCACGCCGCGGCGUCGGGCACGCCGCUGGACCCGGCGCGCGCCAACUCGGCCGCCGAGCUGGCGGGCUACGACAUGCAGCUGCGCGCCGCGCGCGUGGCGCUGCACGCCCUCGCUCGCGAGGCGCUCUCGCACGGCCGGUCCGCCCUGACCGCCGCCAAGGCGGCGGCGGUGGCGGCGGCAGCCGACAACAUCGGCGGCGGCGCCGCCGCUGACGCGGCGUCGCUUGCUGAAGUGCUCCCCGAGCUGGAGCAGCUGCUGUGCUCGCUGGUGGACACGUGGGCGGCGCUCAAGGCGCACGAGGAGGCGGUGGCGGCGGAGGAGGCGCAGCAGUUCAAGAGCAAGGCCUCCACCAAUACCUUCCUGAACGAGGACCAGGAGCUGGAGGCCACCUACCGCCUCACCUUCCCCGACCACUACGCCGCAUUCCGCGACGUGGCGCCGCCCGACCCCGAGGAGGCCCGCCGCAUGGAGGAAGAGGAGGAGGCGCGGCGGGCGGAGCUGGGCGGAGCAGAGGCGGCGGAGAAGGUGGCGGCGGCGGCCGAGGCGGCGGCGAGCGACGCGCAGGCGCGCAGCAGCGCCGCGCGGCAGCUGCUGGACGGCGAGCUGCUGGCGGAGGUGGUGAGGCUGCACGCGGCGGUGUACGGCACCCUGGCGGCGCAGUACACGUCGGCGGUUACGGUUACGGCAGCGGCGGGUGCGGCGGGUACGGCUGGCGCGCUGGCGGUGGCGCCGGCGGCUACUGCCGUGGCAUCUGAGGAGGAGGAGGGCGCGUCGCCGCUGUCGCCCUGGCUGCAGCAGCUGGGCGUGGCGGCGGCGGUGGCCUCCGCUGACGUGGCGGCGGCGGCCGCCGGCGGCAGCGGCGGCGCCGCCGCCGCCGCCUCCAAGGCGCUGCAGGAGUCCUUCCUCCGCAGCUACGACUUGGGCGCCGAGCUGCUGGCGGCGGCGGGCGCCGGCCGCCUAGGCCCCGACGUCGACGUCGCGUCGGAGGCUGGCCACCUGUUCCGCCUGUGCCUGGAGCACAACGCGCUCAACCGCGCCGCCGCCGCCACCGCGGCGGAGGCCGCCGCCGGCGGAGCCGGCGGCGGCGCCAGCCGCCGCCAGCGUCAGAAGCACGGCGGCGUGAUCUUCAGCGAGGAGGGCGGCGGCGUUGACAUCCAGCAGGCGUGUGUGGAGGAGAUCAGCCUGCUGCAGGAGCCGGUGGCGGCGAUGGAGAGCCGGCUGCGCUCGCUGCUGAGCGACUACCCUGGCCACCCACUGCUGGUGCAGCUGCGUGCGGUGGCGCUGCGCGUGCUGGCGCUGCCGCUCACGUCGCCGCUCAAGGCCGCGCUUACCGGGCUGGAGCUGCUGCUGUCACGUGCGCAGGUGUGGGAGGAGACGGCGGCGCAGUUCGUGUCGCUCAAGGCGCAACUGGGUCCGCUGGCGGCGCUGGCGGCGCGCUGGCGGCGGCUGGAGCUGUCCAGCUGGAAGAGCCUGCUGCGCCGCGUGGCGCACAAGCACGCCGCCGGCGCCUACCGCUCCUGGUUCCACCUACACCGCCUGCUGGCGCCCACGGCGCUGCACCCCGCGCCGGCCCAGGAGGGCGACGAGGCCGGCGCCGCAGCCCCGGCGGAGGACGCGGCGGCGGCGCUGGCGGCCAGCGGCGUGCCCGUGCUCCUGGGCCUGGAGGGAGUGCCCAGCAUCAUCAACGCCGACGCCGAGGGUGCGGCCGCGUCCGCGGCCGCCGCCGCCGCAUCCGCGGCGGCGGCCGCCGGCCCUGUGGCACCGCUGACGCCGGAGCAGGAGGUGACGUACCGCCGUGUGGCGGCCACGCUGGAGGCCUUCAUCCAGACCAGCACGUUGGGCGAGUUCCGCGCGCGGCUUGGGCUCAUGGCCGCCUUCGCGGGCCAUGUGGAGGUGCGGCGGCGCGCGCCUGGCGGCGGCGGCCCGCUGGCGGCGCCCGUGGCGGCGGCGCUGGGCAACCUGGUGCGCUACUACGGCCAGUUCGCGCCCACGGUGGACGCGGCUCUGACGGCGGGCAUGGCGCCGCUGGAGAAGGACCUGCAGGACUUUGUGGCGCUGGCCCGCUGGGACGACCGCGGCUACUACGCCAUGCGAGCUUCCACAGAGAAGGCCCAGCGCUACCUGCACCGCCUCAGCCGCCGUGCUGAGGACGUGCUGCGCGCCGCCGCCGCCACCGCACUGGCGGCGGCGGUCAAGGGCAUGGGCGUGCCAGAGUUCGCGGCGGCGGCGCAGGCGGCGCGCCGCGCCGCCGGCGAGGAGGACGACGGCACAGCCGAGCUGGCGGCGGCGGCGGCGCGGACGGAGCUGGAGGCGGACGUAGCGCGCGCGGCGGCGGCGGCGGCGGUGAAGGCGGACCACGGCAGCGAGGAGGCGCAGAAGGCGCGUGCGGAGGCGGCGAAGGCGAUUGCCAAGGCCAAGGCGGCGGCCGCCGCGCUGGCGGCCAAGCGGCGGAAGCGGAAGCAGACGGCGGCGCAGGCUGCCGCCGCCGCAGAGGCGAUUGAGCUGGGCGGCAUCAAGCCCGCAGACGGCGAUGCCGCUGCCGGCGGCGCCGAGGGUGCGGAUGCCGACGGCGAUGCUGAUGACACCGCUGAGCGCUGGACCGCCACCGCUGGCAAGCUUACUCAGGUGCUGUCGGAGGACAAGGCCCUCGCGUCCGCGUUGACAGCCGCGGGCUCGGCAGCACCGACCGUGCCUGGUGCCGACGGCGCCGCGGGCGCCAGCAGCAGUUCCUAUCUGCCGCGCCUGCCGCAGCUGGCGGCGCGCCUCACACGCGUCAUUGGCGACUCCUUCAAGCCCGCCACCCCCGGUCCUUCCGCAAAUGGUGCCGAGGCCGAGGCUGCCGACGGCGGCGACGCCGGCCCCGAUAUGACCGCAGACGAGCUCGCCACCGCCGCCAUCGUGCGCUCGCAGGAGCUGCGUGCGGACGUGAGCAAGGGCGCGCGCAUGCGCAAGCGCCAGGCGCUCGCCGACUUCCUGGAGGCUCUGGAGGCGCAGGGCCUGUCGCGCCGCCAGACCGGCGUGCCCCUGCACGACCGCGACGUCGCCGCCUGGUUCAAGCACCCCGAGCCCCUGGCGGCGGCGGCGCUGUGGCAGUGCGGCGGCGGCGGCGCCGCCGCCGCUGCAGCUGACGCGGCCGCGAACGCGGCGGCCUCUGCAUCCUGGACCCGCGCAGAUGAGUACUACUACCGCGCUGUUGCGCGGCUGCAGAAGCUGUGGCGCGCGUCGGCCACGCCGCACCGCGAUUUGUCGAUCGCGGAGGUGGCGGCGGCGCGGCGGCUGGCGGAGAGCGGGCUGUACGUCGCGCGGCGGCAGCGCGACCUGCUGGGCGACACAGGCGCGGCGUGCGCGGCGCUCGCGAAGCUGACGGCGUGGAUGCAGGAGGCGGCAGGCACGGCCGGCGGCAGCAUGAGUCAGGCCGACGCGGCGGCGGCGCUGGCGGCGCAGAAGCGGCGGCUGGAUGCGCUGGCGCUGUCGGCGGCGGAGGCGGUGCAGCUGCUGGAUGCCUGCGUGUCGACGGCGGCGCUGCCGGCACCUGCAGGCGGCGCACGGCUGGCGGCGGCCGCUGGCGCGGCCCGCGCCGCCGCCGCCGCGGUGGGCGGCUGCAAGCGCCGCCUAGACGGCGCCCUAAUGGGCUGCAGCUGUGCCCUACCUGGCACAGUUGCAGCGGCGGCGGAUGGCGCCGCCGCCGGCGAGCUGGUGUGGGUGACGGCGGCGGCCAUGGACGUGGCGGCGGCCAACCGCGAGGCGCUGGCGAGGCUUGAGCGGGAGCUGGCGGCGGCGACGGCAGAGGGCGCGGCGGCGGACGACAGCACUGCUGCCGGUGCUGCCUGGGUGCCGGCCCUGUGCGACUUGCACGCCGCUGUCUCCGCGGCGGCGACGGAGUCGGCUGAGCUACUCCCAUCGCCGGUGGGGCCUGCUGCCGCCGCAGGUGCGGCAGCGGCAGGUGCGGAUGCUUCGCAGCCGCCGGCGGAGCUGGUGGCGGCGUUGGAGUCGGUCGUGCGUGGCGUGCUGCUGUGGGCGCAGCCGCAGGCGGCGGCGGCCGCCGCCCCCGCCGCCAGCUCCUCCGGAACGGUGGCGGUGGUGACGGCGACCAACGAGCUGGAGGCGGCGCUCAAGCUGCCGCGCGCGCGCGAGCUCGCGGCGGCGGCAGCAGCCUCGCUGUGCCAGCUCACGGCCGCCUCCAGCUCUGCCUCCGCCGGGCCGUUGCUUCGCGGCACGGCCUCCAUGUUGGGCCUGGCGGCGGAGGCGCUGCGGCUGCGUGGGCUGCGGCUGCUGGGGCUGCACCGCACCACCGCCAAACUGGCGUUCGUCAGCGGCGCGGUGCUGGCCACGCUGGUGGAGGAGGGGUACUGCGUGCCGGACGAGACCAAGGAGGUGGAGGGCGGCGACGGCCCCGGCGAGUUCCAAGAGGCCGAGGGCACGGGCCUGGGCGACGGGCAGGGCGCCAAGGACAUCAGCGACAAGCUGACGGACCAGGACCAGCUUCUGGGGGCGCAGCAGCGCGGCAAGGAGGAGGAGGAGAAGGAGGAGAAGGACAAGGGCGGGCUGCAGGAGGAGGAGGACAAGGGCGUGGAGAUGGAUGACGACUUUGAGGGCGCGCUGCAUGACGUGCCCAUGGAUGAGCAGGACAAGAACCGCGACAGCGAGGACGAGGAGGGCGACGACGACCGCAUUGACCAGCAGAUGGGCGACGUGGGCGACAAUGACGAGGUGGUUGACGAGAAGCUGUGGAACGAUGAGGACGGCGACAAGCCCGAGGACCAGGAGGGCAAGAAGAAGGAGGAGAAGUACGAGAAGAACGCGCCCAUUCAGGUGGAGGACAAGACAGACCUGGAGUACGCGGCCGGGCAGGAGGAGGACGAGCAGCAGCAGGAGCAGCAGGGCAAGGAGGCGCCGAAGAAGGAGCAGGGCAAGAAGGGCCCCGAGGAGGCGCCGCCCGAGAACGGCGGCGAGGAUGAGGAUGAGGAGGGCCCCAUCAACGACGACACGGACGACAAGUACGAGGACAAGAACCACGCCGCGCCGCAGGCUGCUGAGGAGGAGCUGGAGCUGCCUGAGGACCUGAACCUGGACGGAGGCGAGCAGGACGAGCCGCAGCAGCCGGAGCAGGAGCAGGAGGGCGGCGGCGAGGAGGAGGCGGCCGGCAAGGAGGGCAAGGACCAGGAGCAGGAGCAGCAGGCGCAGGAGGGCAAGGAGGAGGAGGCGGCCGGCAAGGAGGGCGAGGCAGAGGGCGAGGAGGGCAAGGAGGGCCAGGAGCAGGAGCAGCCCGGCGGCGAGGGCGGCGAGGGCGACGAGGACAUGGCUGAGCAGCAGGAGGACCCGGAGGGCCCGGGCGGUGUGGGCGAGGUGGACCCCAACCAGCCGCAGGAGGCGCCGGAGCCGGAGGAGCAGCCGCCCGAGCCCAUGGCCGUGGACGGCCAGGAGCUGGCGGAGGAGGAGGCGGCCGGCGGCGAGGAGCAGCAGGGCGCGGCGCAGCAGCAGGCCGGGCCCCGCGGCAUUGCCUCGGGCGCGCCCACCGAGGCGCCGGAGGACGCCAAGGGCGCGGCGCACGGCGCGCCGGAGGAGCAGAAGGACAAGUCGCAGCAGCAGGCCGGCGAGGCGGCCGGCCGCCAGAAGCAGCAGCAGCCGCAGCAGCCCGAGCAGGACCCCAACGCCGCACCCGACACCGCACCCAGCGCUAAGCAGGCGGACGCGGGCCUCGCCUCGGAGGCUGCCAAGGGCGCGCCGGCGCCCAUCACCGGCGGCGACCGCGACUCGGCGCAGCAGCAGCCGCAGCGCCGCGGCAAGCAGCAGCAGCAGGAGCCCAACCCGCUGCGCAACCUGGGCGACGCGCUGGAGAAGUGGCGCGCCAACCUGGCUGUGCAGCAUGAGGCCGCAACGCAGCCGCAGGCCGAGGACGAGGCCGGGCUCGGUGGCGAGCAGGAUGCGGAGGAGGAGGAGGAGAACGGCGGCGGCGGGGAGCCGCCCGCCGGCGCCGAGUUCCAGUUCCUGGGGGCGGAGGAGCGCAGCCGCGCCGGUGACACGCAGGCGCUGGCGUCGGCGACGGACGAGCAGGCGGCUCAGCAGGCGCCGGACAUGGACCAGGCGGCGCUGCAGCAGCAGCGGCAGGACGAGGCGGAGGCGGCGGCGCGCGAGGCGGCGGAGGAGGGGCCCACCGCAAUGGAGGAGGACGCACCGGCCGGUGGCGAGGAGGACGGCGAGGGCGGCGAAGGCGAUGAGGACGGCGCCAGCCGCGCCGCGGUGGCGGCGGGCCAGAUGCCGCGCACCUGGGGCGGGAAGCAGAAGCGGCCGCAGCUGGCGGCGGAGGGCGUGAAGGGCGGCGAGGCGGAGGGCGGCAAGGAUGGCGAGGGCAAGGACGGCGAGGGCGAGGCGGAGGGCGAGAAGCGGCCCGGCAUGGACGAGCUGUUUGGCACGGAGGCGGAGCGCGAGCAAGGCGGCGACGCCGACGCCGAGGCGGAGCCGAGCCGCGUGGUUGCCAAGCUAGCGAACGCCAGUCUGAAGGACGACAUUGAGGACCGCGACGCGGCCGCCAAGGCGGCGGCGGAGGCCGCCCGGGACCUGGAGAAGCCCGGCCCCAAGGGCCUGACGCCGGAGCAGGUGGAGGCGCUGCGGGCGCAACUGGACGAACGGCUGAAGGCGGGCGCGGCGGCGGCGGGCGCGGCCGGCGGCGGCCUGGAGGCGGCGGACCUGGCGUACGGGUCGGAGGUGUGGGCGCGCUGCGAGGCGCUGGUGGGCGGGCUGGCGGGCGAGCUGACGGAGCAGCUGCGGCUGAUCCUGGAGCCCACGCUGGCGAGCAAGCUGGCCGGCGACUACCGCACUGGCAAGCGCAUCAACAUGAAGAAGGUGAUCGGCUACAUCGCCAGCCACUUCCGGCGCGACAAGAUCUGGCUGCGCCGCAACCGGCCCGACAAGCGGCGCUACCAGGUGCUGCUGGCGUGCGACGACUCGCGCUCCAUGGCGGAGAACGGCUGCGGCGGCUUCGCGCUGGAGGCGCUGGCGCUCAUCUGCAAGGCCAUGAGCAGGCUCGAGGUGGGCCAGGUGGGGGUGCUCAAGUUCGGCGGCGGCGAGGGUGUGGUGCCGCUGCAGCCGCUGGACGCGCCCUUUGGCGACAGCGUGGGCCCCUCGCUGGCGGCGCGCCUCACGUUCCGCCAGGACAACACCAUCGCCGACCGACCCAUGCUGCAACUGAUGGCCAGCCUGGACCACAUCCUCGCCUCCGCCCGCCACUCCAGCGGCGCCGGCGGCAUCGGCGCCGGCACGCAGGACCUGGCCCAGCUGGUGCUCAUCCUGGCUGACGGCCGCUUCCACGAGAAGGAGUCCCUGCACGCCGCCGUGCGCGAGGCCGCGGCCAAGCGCGGCGUGUGCCUGGCCUUCAUCGUGCUUGACACGCCAGGCAACAGUCUGUUGGACAUGCAGAGCGUCAGCUUCGGCCCCGGCGGCAAGCCCGUGUUCACCAAGUACCUGGACAGCUUCCCCUUCCCCUACUACAUCGUGCUCAAGGACAUUGCAGCGCUGCCCGCCACGCUGGCGGACCUGCUGCGGCAGUGGUUCGAGCUCAGCACGGCGUGAGCGAGGAGGGGGUUGGUGGUGCGUGUGCCGGUGUAGGGUUGUGGACGAGGGCUGGUGAGGGUUAGAGGUGCGUUACCGUAUCAAGGUUGUAAUGUGAUGCGUGGCGAGCGCUGUGCUGUGGUGAUGGGGUAGAAUGGCAACCUUUGCGUUUCAGUGCUUGUACUGGUGGGCUGACGAAGAUAAGAGUUGCGUACAUGUGAUGUUGGUUGAAAAGCUCUGAUGAUGAAAGCAUAGGAAGGAGCGCAGCGUUCACGACUUAUGACCGUAUGCAUGUUACAGAACCACUAGCUGCAUUUACAGCACUGCGCACUGGGAUAAGUUGGAGGGGGCGUAUAUGUGCCCGAGCCCAACGGAAGGAAGGGGGGGGGCGUGUGUCAUCUGAGACCAUACCCUGAAGGAAUUGAGGAAGGCAAAGGAGAGCCAUUGCAACUGUGCGUGCGAAUCAGGAUUCAGGCAGCAGUGCAGGACGCGUAGACCAAUCCUAGACUGAGUAGACUGAUCCUCAACACUGUAACACAACAUCAAG